CACGUCCUAAAAAUAUCGAUGUUUGCCCGAAAUCCGACUGCAGUAAAACUAAAUGCAAAUAAAUCGAGCGCUGCUUUUAGCGGAGUUGAUGGAAACGUUUUGGCCCAAUUGUCGCAAAGUAUGGAUUUUGUUGCCGAUAUUUCAUCGGAGUUUCCGUUCUAUGGGCAAACGCUCCGAAAUGGUAGUGUCACAGGAACUUUGGGGGCUGUGGCCAAAGGGGUUGUUGAUUUAGCAAUGAACGGGAGAUUUAUAGUCGGACAGGAAUAUGACUGUGUGGAGUUUACUGUGGCUUACAGUAACGAUAAAAUUUGCGUGGUUGCCCCAAAAUCUGGACGAAUUCCACACUGGGCGGAGAUUUUCCACAGUUUUAGACUGAGAGUUUGGUUGUUGAUUUUCCUGGUCAUAAUAAUGUCGCUGCUGAUUUGGUGUGCGUUUGAGAGAAGUUGGGGAAAAGUCUGGAUAGAAAUGUGCAGUAUUUUCAUAAACGUUCCAGUGAAACUGUCCUUAAACUGGGAAAGAAAAAUCUAUUUGACGUUCCUUUUGCAAUUUCUGGUGAUAAUAAAUGGGAUCUUUCAAGGGAAUCUCAUCAAGACGUUCAGUGCCGUGUCCUACUACCCUGACAUCAACACUUUAGAACAGCUGGACCACUCAGGACUGAAAAUUCUAACUUCGCUCGGAGUUUUCAAUAAUAACGAGUCAGAAUUGUUCAAACACUUGCAAGGCAAAGUGGUUGAUAGAAACCAGUCCGCCAUCGAACGAGUCGCUUAUUGCAAAGAUAUUGUCGCUUUAGAGCGCAAAAACGAUGCCAAUUUGUUCAAGUCUGUUUAUGUUUCUUCAGAUGGUACUUCCUUGAUCCAUCUUGUUCAAGAAUGUCCCAUUUCGUACCAUCUUGGGUUUAUUGUGACUGAAGGGUCGCCGUAUUUGCCCCGAGUAAAUCAGUUAGUGAGAAGAAUGUUCGAGUGUGGUUUAACACAAAAGUGGUACAGUGACAUGUCUCAAAAAAUUAUAAUCAAAAUGAGGUUUGGUCAAAAAGUCAAGGAAAAUCGAAAAGUGAAGGCGUUUUCGUUGUACGACAUGCAGUUGGUGUUUUUAACACUGGUUUUAGGUUUGAUGUGCUCUAUUGUUGUUUUUGUUGGCGAACGUGGGCUUUAUUGUUAUAGAAAAUAUUUAAUUGUGUAUGAAAUCGUACAGUAAAGGUUACGUCAAC